AGGGGGGUGUUUACUAGUAGACUUAGAAUUCAUUAUUUUCUUUUAAUCUUACUAUGUGUCUAGCUUUCCCUAUUUUAAUGUAGUUAUUUUCUGGUCGAUAGUUAAAUAAGUUCAGAUACACUAAAUAAAAGAGAAAUAAGAGAAAAAUAAUUUGGAUUUAGUUCUGAUUCAACCACAAAAAAUGUACAUGUAAACAUAACAGUGCCAAAAUCCUUAAAUUACAAUGGAAAAUCUAUUACAUUGAACUUGUACCCUUUGUUGGCAGCUCAAGUAUCCAGCACCAGGGGCUCCACAGUUGGCGAAGAGGGUAAAGGAACUACUCUUGGCAUCAGGGUUGAGCCAUGUGGAUGAAGAUAAGAAACGUGGGCUUGACCAUGGUGCAUGGGUGCCUCUGUACUUGAUGUACCCAGAGGCAGAUAUCCCAGUGUGUCAGCUCUCAGUUUCAUCCAACAAAGGUGCUACUUAUCACUAUAACAUGGGAAAAGCUUUGGCCCCUCUUAAGGAUGAAGGUGUUCUAAUCAUUGGCUCUGGCAGUGCCACCCACAACCUCAGAGCCAUUGGACCUCGUGGUACCCCACCUCCUCCAUGGGCCACGGCAUUUAUGUCCUGGUUAAAAACCUCUCUUCUUGAUGGCAGAUACGAGGAAGUGAAUGAAUACGAAGAGAAGGCCCCUUAUGCAAAAAUGGCUCACCCCGAGCCAGAUCACUUCUUCCCAUUGCAUGUGGCCAUGGGAGCUGCUGGUGAAAACGCAAAGGCCAAAGUUGUGCACGAUACUUGGGAUGGUUGUUCUAUAUCUUAUGCUUCUUUCAGUUUUACAACAGCUAAUUGAUCACGCUUACUCAUACAUUCUCUAUAUUGUUCAUUGUUGACUUACUAUGUUGCAUAAUCAGAUCAAAUUACAAAUGCCUUGUUAUGAUCAAUAAGAACAUGUCAACUAUGUGUUUGUUUAUUAAUUAAUUGGUCUUUGAAGGCUGGUGGCUCAGUUCUUAA